CAUUCGAUAUGCCGGACGCACCGUCGAACAGACCGAAUAUGGUACGUGUGAGCCAGCCAUCCGCCACACCGACCGUACCAGUUCCCUCUACCUCGCAUACAUCUAAUCCACGACGCGACUCAUCUCUACUUGAACGAUCACAGUCAGCACACAUAUCUCAACGCCAUGGCGCCACACAGGAGGACGAUCAUUUUCCGUCAUAUCCAUCUGGACAACGAUUCUCCUACACAGAAGGCGAAUACUCGCAAAGAUUCAACACUCAGGAAUCUGUUGACCCUACGUGGUCCAACAUUGGAGCUGGUUUAGGCCACAAUAUGCCUCCACUUCGUGGUCGUGACCACAUGCAAUCGCAAUACCCAACUCAGGAAUCUUUAAUCCCGACAUGGCCUGAUAUGACGCAGCAACCACAAUACUACGGCAGCACUUCCCAACAACCUCGCGAUCAUGUUACCGGGAUAGUUGAAGAAUUCUUCGGAGGUCCUAUUUUCAGCUCAGAUGCCAGUUUGAUUCCCCCAAAUUAGGAAUCUCCAUACGUAUUUCAUACUCCAUCACCAGCAGAUGAUCCAAGUACAGAGGAUGAGGAAAAUCAGUACGGCCGAGGUUUGCGCCCACCUCAUCCCCCUCGUCCCCGGUUGUCGCCUUCCGGUCGAAAGCCACGGCAGC